CUACUACCUCCCAAAAAUUUGUACUUCAUUUAGUUUCUACCAAAACAAAACAUUUGUGAACUCACAUCCUGCACAGCAUGAGACAUCUCUUCUGCAACACAUAUUUCUGUGUAAAGAGGAACUGGUAAGUUGGUUUGUAUUUGUCAUGCUGAUAAGCAGAGGCUUGUCUUGUUUCUACUCAAACUGUAGUUGAUAAGUAAAUUGUAUAAUACAAUGGUGCAAAAUGUGCACCAAUUUCCAAAAAGUCUAAAGUUCUAAAAUCCAGUAAAUGAAAAAUGAGAACAGGUAAUUGACAGUAAACAGAAGCAGCCUUUAUAACCUAAUACCAGAGGUUUGUAACAUGGCUGUUUUUAGAAAUGAGUCUUGACAUUUGGCUUCUGUUUGAAUAUGUGAUGUAGACUCAGAUUAACCACCAUAAUAACGAUCAAGCCAACCAUGACAAAGGUCAGUAGGUAGACAACAACAGUCUGCUGUCUGAGGUUUAUUUCAACAACUCAAGAUUUUUUUGGGGAAAAGCAGAAAUUCAGACCAUAGAUGGAUGUGUUGAGUUCAAAUGUUGAUUGACUUUGAACUUAGUUGGUUUAUUCAUACUGUAAAUGUCAAAUAAUAUAAAUGAUUUAAUUAUACUGUUUCUGAAUAAUGAGGCUGAUAGAAUACAGAAUUUGCUUGCUGUAAUUGAAAAAUGGAUGUUCAACCUUUUACUCAUUGAUGGGUUAAGAUGAGUUUUUUCAUUUGCUUUCUUGUUUUCUAAGCUAUAAUAUCAUCACAACUGCUGUUGCUCUUUGGAGUGAUAAGAAGGCAACACAUUUGUAAUUCAGGACUUCCUCAUAAAACGACCAGAUAGACACAAAUCUACCACCAAAGUUCUGACCAAAGUUUAUAUCAAAUUCAAUAUGCAGGCUAUUAAACACACAACCACAUAUACAGGAUGUACUGUUUACGCCUACACAGUAGAAUUAUACAUGUGUAUUUAUGUAUUUACACACACAACACCUACCUCAUCACAAUGCAGACACUGUUGAUGCAAGGGCAGUGGGCAUAUACUGCGUAACAUACACAAAUAAACACAAUAAAAUGUUAAGCAUGUUUAUGAUGUGAUAUGAUUAAAGUCAAUGAUUUUUUGGUUCAUGCAUGUGCAGUAAAUACUUAUUGUUUAUACCUUUUUUAUUUGUAACAUUUUCUAGGCACAAACCUUUGCACAAGACACAAGCUGAUGUAUUUCUGCAGUGACCAGGAAGUGUAAAUGUGUUAACGUUUAUCAAACCAGUUGAAGUUCUCUGUGGUUUGCAUAUAAGGGAAGGAAACACAGGGAGGCUAAAUUCUAAAGAAGUUGGAGAAAGUCUGAUCUCAUCUUUCAUUUACCUGAAAUGUAACUUCUCUCUUUGUCUUUCUGCUGCAUUAUUAUUAAAGCAAAGUAGAAACAUUUGUCAGACUCAGAGCAGCUGAGUGACAGAGUGUCAGUGCUGGAUGUGAGGAUGAGGUACACUUUGAUCUGUGUGCUGGGAUUAUUCUUGCCGGAUACACUCUUCUAUGGACACUUUGAAGGUACUAUGGCAGCGGACCCAUCAAUGAUUCAUUACCGCCUGAAAAACAGCUCAAUAUGUCUUCAUGUUAAAAAACCACCUCCAUAUCAAAAUAGUCGAUGGACAUUUGCUGGAAAAGCUAUUAUUUCUGGUAACUCCAUCAACCCCAACUACACAGAAAAAAUGGAUUAUGAACCUAAGAACCUAACCUUGUGUGUGCGUGAUCUGAAUGAGACAAACAGUGGCAGCUAUAAAGUCUCAUUCUUUGACUCUAACUACACUGUUAUCACUGAGUCUCACAAAGUCAUUGUUCAAGACGCUGUUCCCAGACCUGUGAUCAGGAUGUCAGUGCUGCACUCUAACCUGUCUGCUAGACUCUGCACCAUCACAGUCAACUGCUCCAUCUGGGAAGACUGGGUGUGGUCUGUCUGUAAUGAGGACGGUUGCGGAACAUCUCAGAGAUCACUCAGCAGGGUCAACAUAUCCAUCUCCACUGAUUACAGAACUGUUGUCUGCAGUGGCAACAACCAUGUCAGCACGAACAAUGUUUCUGAAAGCGUAGAGGCAACGUGCUUCAGUAAAUCUAAUCCUGAACUCAAAGAAGCAUCACAACCACUCCUUGUAAGGAUGAUAGUUAUUGCAGUGUUUAUAAUCCUCUGUACAUUUAUUAUCUUCAUGGCUAAGAAGUGCUGUUCAACAGAAAAUAAUCACCAUCAGACAUCUAAUGCACAGUUGAUGCAAAUCCAGCCAGUGGAGAUGCAGCCACAAGAGUCUCUACCUAGGCCCAGGGUCUCUACCUCUUCAAGUCAAGCUGAUGUCACCUAUGAAAAUGAAGAUGAGCCACAUGUGCCAGCAAGACCAGCAACCAAACCAUCAGCCUAGGGUAGGAAUUGGGGUCCAGGCAAAGUCAGGAAGUAGAUACUGUUUACAGCCUUUUACAGGCACCAACUGUGACAGCCUCUCUGGGCAAGAGUGACAACGGUGAGAAUACGAAAGGAUACAAGAAGAUACAAGAGGCAACGGCUUCACAGUCUGUCACUCUGGAUGAGGCAGAGCACACCAGACAGAUUGACACAGUGUACAGUGUAUUGCAAAAACCAAAAAGUCUGAAGUCACAACACCAUCAACAGGACAAACAAGAUGUGGAGAAGCCAAAGAUUCAAGAUUCAAGAAGUUUAUUAUCAUGUGCACAGUAAACGCAGGCAGUUACACCAUACAAUGAAAUUCUUACUUUGCUAGUCCACCCUUCACGAAAAAAGUUAAAUUAAGUUAAAAUUUUAAAUCACAAGUAUUUAAGUUACAUAUAAGUUACAGUA